AUGGCCGACAUUGUGGAAGACCCAUCUUCUGGGGUACAAUCCUCAGAGGAAGAGGAGAUGCCCGUGGAAUCAUUGGUCCGAGGGCGUGCGAAACGGAGUACCGCAGGACUGCACAUGUCUGCUCUCCUUGAGGCCGCUGCCGAUGAUGACUUGGCGCUUCUUUUUGAGGAAGUAGAAGACGAUAAUGAGUUUGCGGAUGUAGCAGACCCCGACGCAGAAGAUGAAUUGCUUGAAUCGUCGGACGAGGAUGAAGACCAAGGACCCGACGCGCAGAACGACUACGAAGGCGAACAAAAACUACAAAAAGACGAGCGCAAGAAGCGCAGAGCCCAGAAUGACCUCCGGUUCCAGACCCUGCGUAAACGAGUCAAGAUUGAUCCGACCGCCCCAUCCUCCAUGGCUGCCGCUCCUCGUCCGAAGAAAAAGUCAGAGCGCAUCUCAUGGAUUCCCACUGUGGAGGAUGGGCCUACUCGACAAUCAUCGCGUCGGCAGACCAUGGUCAACAAAGAACUUACGCAUGCUCGUCUCAAGGAUAGCCAGGAGAAGCGGGUCCGCAUCAUCGCUACAAUGAAGGAGGCAGAGAAGCGGAAGGCUCAUUUGAAACCGAAAGAGAUGACCCAGGAGGAUCAUCUUGCGGAAGCUGCAAGAGUGGAACGGCUUAAUAGCAAAAGUUUGAACCGCUGGGAGCUGUCAGAAAAACGAAAAGCGGACGAAAGACGAGCGAGGAUCGAAGCACUACAAAACCGCCGUUUGGAUGGUCCGGUGAUUUCCUACUGGAGUGGUGUGGCUACAUGGACAAACGGGCGUCUCACACGGGUGGGCAAAAUCGAUAUCAAGCCAAAGGCCGAUAAAGAAGAAUCGAGGAAGAAAAAGAAAGAGAAGGAAGAUAAAGAGAAGGCUGCGGCAGAGUCAAAGUCUGUGGGGUCUGCAAGCAUCGUUGGAUCCGGCCCUGCCUCUACCACAGGCACAUCGCAGCCACCACCGGACGUCCAUCCAGUUGGUAUUCCUGGUCCAGCAAAUUCCGCUCUACCUCCUACCUCCACAUUAGACCAAAAGGCGCCUGAAGCGCCUGAAAACAGGCCACCCGAGAAUGCCGCAGCUCCGACUGCAGAGAAUGCAGACACCACCUUGGUGCCUUCUGGGGCGAACGAUAGCCAACCAGAUGUAAACUCAUCAGAGCCGAAGAUAAUCACGACGCCCCCUGCGGAGCAGGUCAAAGACAAUGCUGUUGAGAAGAAAGCCCCAGAAGUUGACACGAAUACACCAGUAGCACCCUCUGAACAAGAUCAGCCCACUGAAAGGCGGUCCUCGGAGCCCAAACAUUCGGAGAGAAAGAUGUUUGCUGUGGAAAUUCCAGCGUCUCGUCAUGCAAUAGAUUCUGCGAGCAAUGGCUCUACUCAAAAAUUGCCUGAGCCGUCUCCCAUCAAGGAUGACGGUGCCAUGGACCUUGAUCAACCUCCAGCGGCUGCAGCGGCUUCAAAUUCUGCCAAGAUUAACCAAGAAGUUCCAGAAUCAACGGGCCAGGCAAAUUUGGCCACCCCGCACGUUGCUGGCACCCAACUGACUCCGACCAAGACCCCUAUAUCACAUGCUGCUGAUACGGCUGUACGAGAACGACCGCCAGUGGACGAGUCUCGGCCAGUUGAAUCGGCCACGACUAUCAGCCCUGCAAUUGCGAUUGCCCCUCAAGCCUCCCCGGCCACUGCAGCACCUAGUCAAGGCACGGUGCCCGAAAAUGCCCCGGCUCAGAGCCUAAACCAACCAUCUACGUUACAGUCCGAAUCACAAUUAUCAAAUGAAAUAGUGAAGGAAUCAGCACAACCAGAGAUUCCAGAACCCCCUCCAGUGAUUGAGCAUACGGGGCGUACUCUUACGAUCUUGGAGAACUUUGAUUAUGCGACCGCCAACCACCGCAAAUACAGCAUGUACUUCAACGCCAAGAAGCCUGCUCGUUUGACCAAAAUCUCGUCAUCGCUUUGCGUCAUCACCUCAUUGCCUUCGCGUUACCGCGAUCCAGAAACCGCUCUCCCUUACGCCAAUUCAUACGCGUAUGGCCAGAUCCGCCGUCUACUAUCGGAGGGAUAUAUCUGGAGCUCGAUGCUUGGAUGCUUUGUCGGCCCGGCCGAGGCUGCCCGUGGAGUGCCUGAGCGAUUUACAGGCAAACCAGGCCCAGGCACAGUGAAACUGCAGAUCGACAGGGAUGAUGGCCAGGCCGAGUCGUUUACAGGGAAGAAGAUCGACAAAAUGGCUCUCGAGGUUCCUUUGACACCCACUCCGGUUGGGACUCGAACAGCACCAGAGCCAAUGGAGAUUGAUAAAGCAUGA